GCUUUAGUGAUCUAUGUUUGUUAUGCCCUUGCUGAUGGCAUAGGGGGAAAAAACAACACGGGAAGAACUGUUUUUUUUUUAAGCCACAAGCUAAACAUAUUUUACAGCUGCCGAGUCCCUAAUGUAAUAAUAAGGUCAAAAACGGGCCUUUUGGUAACAAGAAACAGGGACUAGAAAAAGUUUAAGAUGUAGCCAAUGAAAUGGCGUAUGAUGAGAGACUUGCUCUUUUCCGCCAAACUCGCCUCAAUCCCUUUGAUCGUGGAGAAGAAGAAGAUGGUCCCCAAGAAGGCAAGACGCCCCCACUGCACGAAGCAAGGCCUGAGCUGUUCUCUGCAACCAGAACCCACAGUUCAGACCGGACCAUGGACCUUGGUCUAGCUGAGGACCACUUCUCAAGGCCUAUGGGUUCGUUAGUUGCGUCCGAUAUUGAACAGCUGAAAAUGGCCAUAGAGGAAUGUAAAAAGCUGAUCUUGGAGCUGCCAGAACACUCUGAGAGACAGAAGGACACUGUGGUGAAGCUUAUCCACCUUCGUCUGAAACUGCAAGAACUUAAGGAUCCUGAGGAUGAUGAGCCUAAUCUGAGAGUCCUACUGGAGCACCGCUUUUCCAAGGAAAAGAGCAAGAGUGUGAAACAGACGUGUGACAAGUGUAGCGCUAUCAUCUGGGGCCUUAUUCAGACUUGGUAUACCUGCACAGGUUGCUAUUAUCGUUGCCAUAGCAAAUGUAUGAACCUGAUCACCAAGCCCUGUGUCAGGUCAAAGGUCAGCCACCAGUCAGAGUACGAGCUCAGCAUCUGCCCUGAGAUAGGACUAGACCGGCAAGACUACCGCUGUUCAGAAUGCCGCACACCUAUUUCCCUGAGAGGCGUGCCGGCUGAAGCCAGACAGUGUGACUACACAGGCCAAUAUUACUGCAGCACAUGCCACUGGAAUGACACCGCCAUUGUCCCAGCUCGGGUCAUCCACAACUGGGAGUUUGAAUCACGCAAGGUUUGUCGCUCCUCAAUGCGCUACCUGGCCCUGAUGAUACCACGACCUGUGCUUAAGCUGAAAGAAAUCAACCCGCUGCUAUUUAACUUUGUGGAGGAACUAGUCGAGAUCAGGAAACUCCGUCAAGAUAUUCUGUUGAUGAAACCCUAUUUUAUUACCUGUAAGGAGGCCAUGGAGGCUCGGCUAUUACUACAGCUACAAGAUCGGCAGCACUUUGUGGAGAAUGAUGACAUGUACUCACUACAGGAUUUGAUUGACAUCUCAAGUGGCAGACUCAGCUGUUCCCUCACCGAGAUCCACACCACAUUUGCUAAGCACAUCAAACUAGACUGUGAGCGUUGUCAGGCCAAAGGAUUUGUGUGUGAGCUGUGUAAGGAAGGAGACAUACUGUUCCCUUUUGACAGUCAUACCUCAGUCUGCCACGACUGCUCUGCUGUCUUCCACAGGUUAGUCCCCACCAACCAGUCAGACUGA